AUGACAAAGAAAAAUACGAACUUGGAAACAAAGAUGGCCAAGAAAACAGGGAAAAUUAGAAAUAAAGCAUCUGAGUAUGGAAACUCAAAUAAAAAGAAUAGGAUAAUAAAAACCAGAAAUAAAAAUAAAAAACAAAAUACCUCCGACGUAGUUAUCGAAGAUACCUCAUCAAAAAACGAUUAUGAAAAGACUGACCGUGAACCUUCCGAGAAUAAAGUAAACGUCGCCGAGAAAGUGAAGACGGUGAAGAAAAAAAAGCGAAAAUUAGACCUCGAAGACGACGUCAUAGAUAAAUACCCACUAGACAAGUUCAUAAACCUCAACGAGGUCAAAUUGCCUUUAAAGUGCAACUCUUGCGAUUCCACCUUCAACACCAGCGAAGACUUCGUGUUGCACUCCAAAGAACACAACGAAGACGGCAGGUAUUCCUGCCACCUCUGUGACUACAAGAAGAAGAAGAAGCUCUCUAUCCUUCAGCACAUAAAAGGACACGACUUGUUCAAGUGCGAACUCUGCCGAAAAGUAUUCAAGAGGAAACGGUGCGCGAUCAAACACUCCCUGAUGCACGCCACAAAGAAACCCUUCCAAUGUGAAAUUUGCGGGAAAGAACUAAGCAACAACAAAAAUCUACGACACCACCGCCAAAUGGUACACCUGACCGGGAAACCAGUGAUAUACCAAGAAUGCACGAUUUGCCACAAGAAAUACAAAUCGGUCAGCAGCCUGAGGAGACACUGUUCCUUCAAUCACAAGGAACUAGGCAUAGACAUGUCGGUGAUCUGUGAAAUUUGCGGGAAGAGUAUUUCCACGAAAGGAGGCCUUUUGAUUCACCUCAGGACCCACAGAGAAAAAAGACCGCAUGCUUGCCACCUAUGCUCUAAGACGUUUGUCACUAGGACCUUCCUGAACGCCCACAUGGUGACGCAUACGGGAGAGAAGCCAUACGUUUGUAAAUUCUGUGGGAAAAGGUAUGGGCAUGGGUCUGCUUACCGGUACCACAUUAGGACACACACAGGAGACAGACCUUAUAGCUGUCAAUUCUGUGGGAAAGGGUUCAUCACCAAUGCCAAUAAGAAGAUACAUAUGAAGAGCUGUUUUAAAGGCUGAGUGAGUAGCUGAGAGUACACAGGGUGGUCGUUAAUUCGACUGCCGAACUAAAAUAAACUGAAUUAACUACUAAGGAUCUCGCGUAAGUCUUCUAAUUUGUAAAAAAGAAUAGUGUACGUGGUAUUUAUUAAAUUAUACUGUCUUUAAAAGUGUUUUGAAUGAGUACAAUAGGAAUAUCUUACAUAUUUUUAA